AUGGCGGGGAAGACUUCCAUCGGUCGCAUGGUGUACCACCAUCCAUGGGUCUGCGAGCACUUUGAUCGUCGAGUCUGGAUUGACGGGUCCAAAUUUUCUUCGUUCGAUGUCAUGUGGGUCAUUAAAGAAUUUGCAGGAUGGAUAGCUGGGGCGCCAUGCGAGGACAUCUGGUUGUCUUAUGAUCGAUUCGGUAGAAGCGACAGAUACUUCCUCAUCAUAGAUGACUUCGUUAUUGGGUUGGAUGAGCAGGACAAGUUGAAUCAAUUGGAGCACUUUCUCCUUCUCGUGGGUGAACCGGGCAGCAUAGUGAUGUUCAUCGUUGAUGACGAUCUUGAUGGAUCUUCUUAUUUAUGUUCACGGCACGGUUUCUUAAGAUACAAAAUUGAUACUAUAUCGAAAGACAAUUGGGUAAAACUAUUGAUGAGACAUGCACUGAGUCAUCCUGAUCAGGCCAGGGUGGAGGAAGAAAGGAUGCUAGAUUCAUUCGUCCAUAGAAUUCAUGAUCCAAUCGAUUUGUAUCCUGUGCUUGCCAAGAUGUUUGGUUCGAUAUUUAGAUACACCGAGACGAGUCGAUGGCAAGAAGAAAUAGAUUCUCUGUGUAGGACGGAGCAAAUAGAACACAAUCAGCAUUUCAAUUUGAUGUUCCUCCAUUAUCUUUCUCCAAUAAUUGCACGAUCGUGCCUGUAUCAGUUGUUGAUUCCACAGGAUUACAUCUCCGGCUAUGCUGACUUGUUGCACGUGCUCGUUGCCGAAGGCAUUCCACACAAAGAGAAUAUGGAUAUUCCACCAUCGGUAGAAUGGAUAAACAAUGCCCUCGGGCGAUUCUACUUCCGGAUGAGGGUUGGUCGAGAUUCCACAAUCCCACAACAAUGUCUUCAUCUACACUUGCUCGUGGAUUCCCGUACAUCCGCAUUUCCCACGAGCUUAUCUGCAAAAGUAAACAACAAGUUGAGAACCCUAUCUUUGCAUAGGGAGGAGGAGAUGGUUCUUAAACAACAGCCAUGUCAGAUCACAGAUAUCUCGGCAACCAUGUUUGCAAAUCUCAUCCAUCUACGCAUCUUGCAUUUAGGUGCUACAAGGAUCCAACAACUUCCUCACACGGUUGGCAAGUUACUAAACUUGAGAUACCUCAACCUUUCUAAGAGUGAAAUCCAGGUACUUCCUGUAUCCCUAUGUAACCUUGGAAAUUUACGAGUUCUAAAUUUAGCUUGGUGUGAGAAGCUUUGGAGACUACCUAGACGGAUCCACAAUCUUAGGAGUCUACAGAUCAUGAAGUUAGCUUUUUGUGCAAGGCUUCAAAGGUUGCCCAAAUCAAUCACCGGCCUUGCGAAUCUACAAGAAUUAGACCUUGAAGGUUGUCAUGACCUCAUCGAAUUACCCGAGAAUUUUCAUAACCUGAGAAAAUUGACAUACCUGAAUAUAAUCAAGUGUCGCUCUUUGACACGAAUGACCGAUGAAUUAGAGCAAAUGCAUAACCUCCAAAUGUUAUUUGGAUAUCCGAUUAAUACAAUCAGUAGUAUUAAAGAUGUCAUCUCAGAGUUGCAAUCUCUAAGAGGUCUCGAAAAACUUGAUUUGUUGAAUCUCCAAAUCGUCUCAAAACUAAAGGAUGCUUCCACUCCUCCAAUGCUGUUGCAAGAUGUACUACCAAAGCUCAAACAUUUGGCACUGCAUUGGAAAUGGGAUAAUAUGAAUGAUGUCGAGAAAGCUUCUGAUGUCACAUCGUUGCAGGUACUUGAGGGCCUCCAACCUAAUAUAUAUUUGUCAAAACUAGAAAUCAUUUCAUAUGCUGGUAAGGAAUUCCCCAUAUGGAUGAAUGAUGUGGCUUUAUUUCUCUAUAAUUUAAGGGAGAUCAGAUUGGUCAAUCUUCGGAGAUGUGAAAGGCUGCCACAACUCGGGGAACUAGUUAAUCUCAAGAUUGUUGAGAUAAGCGGCAUGGAUUUAAUCACUGUUGCAACAUUUCAUAUUCGUUAUCCUGGGAGAAUAAUAAUGUUAGAUAAACUAAUUUUCUCUGAAAUGCCUCAGCUAGAAAAAUGGGAAGAACCAGGAGAAGGAAAUGUUGAAUGGUACAUUGAAGAAUUGACACUGAUGCAAUGCCCAAAAUUCAAGAUAUGGGAGUUCUACCCGAUCGUGCGCAAGUUGAACAUUUGGUUGAACAACGAGAUGCUAUGGCGUUGUCAAUCCGUGGUUUGGCAGAGACUCAUCAGCCGUAUUGACGAGUUGACGAUUGUUGGAUGCCAAGAGCUGAUGUGUUUGCCACAAGUUAUACGGUCGAAUCGAUGGGUCAUCCAGUUGACCAUUAUUCGCUGCAAUAAAUUGAUCUCUAUACCAGAUUGGCUGGUAGAAAUCGGAUCUCUAAAAUCUCUGUUUAUAUCUGGUUGCACUGAGCUGUCAUACAUACCACCGCAACUCAAAACUCGGUCAGAUCUUCUACUACAACAUAGUGGUUGUCCCAAGCUGCGGUUCUAA